GAUGCCCAGACAUACCAGAUCUACAGGGAUGUUUUAUGUCGCCAGUCCCCCUUCUUCGCCGGCGCAUUCGAAGGCGAGACCUUGAAGGAUGGAAGAUUGUCUAUCACUCUCGAUGAUGUUGGUCCCGAAGAAUUUGGUAUCUUCGUCCACUGGCUCCACUACAGAGUGAUCCGAGGCAAGAGCAACGACUCGACGAUUGCGAUCUCAACCCUCAUCAACCUCUGGAUAUUGGGCGACAGGUUCAUGGUACCACAACUAUGUAACGAUGUCAUGGAUAUCCUCUACCGC